UCUCUCUCUCUCUCUCUCUCUCUCUCUCUCUGCGGCGCUGCCUGUACAAUCAAGAUCAGGACCACUAGCACUGGGAGUCUGGGAUCAUAAACAAUAUCAUGGCUGUUCUGUUCCGGUCGCCUUUCAUCCAAGCAUUGCUGCCAGUAUCAAGGUUAGCGGCACAACCAGCAUGUCUGACUCGACCACUUUGCCGAAAGCCACCAGAAGAUGGUGAGCAGGGUGGUGAUGCCAGACCUGCUACCACUGUCAAGAAUGGUGAUGCUGAAGAAAAAUCACUUAAAUCUCAGAAUGUGGAAACCAAGAUAGAAGACCAAAAGCCACUCCAGGAGGCAGAGGGAGAGAAAACUGAAGAGUCUCAAUUACAUGUCUUAAAACAUGAGUCCACUGUAGAAGAGGGAGUGGUUGCAGAGAAACAAGGCAAGAAGACAUCAAGACAGAAGAAACUACAUGAUCUUCUUUCAUCUUUGGCUAGUGUUGACCCCAUUCCUGUGGAACCUCAAGUGCAAUUGUCACGUCCCAAAACUCGGAGGAAGGCCAAAGCUGCAGCAAAAGACAAACCAUCCCCAGUGGCAGACCCUAACAUUGAACCUGAGCUUGUUUUAGCGACCAAGGAAGUGGCUAAAAGUCUCGGUGGGGAUGUGAAGGAAACUGAGUCUGAGCUUCUGUCCACCUUACGCCUCCACUCUGCAGAGACCACAACUAGCUCUGCCCCAUCUCUCAGUGAAUUGUUUGUGGGUAUGAAGGUAGAGAGAAAGCCACGACCAGGGGUGGAGAAAGUACCACCCCAUCUUCCUUCUGGUAAUGAGAUCAGCCAAGGGUAUGACACUGACCCAAGAGACCAGCCCCGGCCCCGCAAGCCCUACACUCAGCUUCGAGACUCAUCUAUGCCGAGGGCUCAUGUUGAUCUGUUUGGAGGUGAGCCUUUAGGGAUAUUUAAGAAAGGGGACAAAGAUACUCCUGGACCUGCUACUCCAGUAUCAGUGUUGCCCACUUGGGAGAGGUUGUACCAACAUGAGCUGGAGCAGAGUAUGCAGCAUCCUCCUAACAAUGCCUUUGUGGAGAUGAUACAGUGGACUAACCAGGGCAAGCUGUGGACCUUCCCCAUUGAUAAUGAAGCAGGUUUGGUGGAGGAAAUGAAAGUGGGAUUCCAUGAGCAUGUGUUCCUUGAGAGACACUUGGAAGGAUGGUGUCCAAAACGUGGCCCCAUCAGACACUUCAUGGAGCUGGUUUGCACCGGACUUUCCAAGAAUCCUUAUCUAACUGUGGAACGAAAACAAGCACAUAUUGAAUGGUACAAGAAUUAUUUCAGCCAAAAAGAGGACUUACUUAAAGAGUUGGGAGCUAUAGAGGUUUCAUAAAUGCAUUUGGAUAAGGCUGAGUAUGUCAAGGCAAGUUGCCAUUCAUGUUUUUGUUGUAGAAUUUUAUUAUUGUAAAUUUCAGGUCUUAUGAACAUGGGAUGCAUAAAUUUAUUUAUUUGUUUAUUCCCAUUGAAUCUACUAGCAGAUACAGUAAAUGUCCAAAGACUUUGUAAAUAAUCAGAGUAUUUGAUA